AUGAAGGAUAACGCAACGGUGAUCACCGCCGAGGAGUUCAAUCAACAAGUAAUCGGAUUAGACGACAACUUCAAGUCUCAUGUACGAGCCCCAGCAGAAGCAACGAUCGACUCGCGUGCAUUGAGGUUCCUCUCCGAAACAGCCUUGAAGAAAUCCAAAUUGUUCAAGAUCGACAUCAAUGCAUUCGAUCCUGAUGAAUUCGUACUCAGAUUCCGACAGGUCAUGACCGCAAAAGCUCCGAUCGAUACCGUCGGCAAUUCGAGCGAGGAUGAGGAAGGCGCAGCAGAAGAAAUAGAUUGGUGUAAGGUCGGUAAGAGACUCAUGCGCUACUCUCGGCGCGCACCCACCAUGGAUUUGAUGUAUGGUCCUCUAGAAAUCCAGCAGAAAAAACGCAAAUUGACGCAACGCGUCAAACUGGAGAAACACGAAUCUGACAUGAAGCAACCAGAGCUUAUCGAUAAUAAUGACAUCGAACGAUCACAAGCCGAGAUGUCUGCCCUAAUUAAGAGGAUCAGUGACCUCCUUACUACCGAAGGCGGAACGAAUGGCAUAAAUCUGUUUCAGUUUUUCAUCAACCCAGGUUCAUUUUCUCAAUCAGUCGAGAAUCUGUUUUGUCUUAGCUUCCUCAUACGAGAUGGCAAAGCAGCCAUCGACUGUGACGACGAGGAAGGGGUGGAAAGAGAGUUUCCUGUGGUUUAUUCAACCGAGCCCGCUGGGGCUGAUGUGAUUCAAGAAGACGGAUUCACCAAAACUCAAAUCAUCUUGGAAUUGACCAUGCAAGAUUGGCAGGAUGCAAUCGACCUUUAUGGAAUUGAGAGUAGUAUUAUUCCUGAUCGGCCAGAUGUACAAGCUACUCCCUCCAACACUAAAAAGAGCAAAUGGCACUAG